AUGAAGGUGGCGGGAAGGUACACCAUAUUGAGGACUGUUAGUUGCGUGGCAGUGUGGCAAAAGCGCAUGAGGUGGUUGCAAGAGGCGGCUGCAGCGACUAUUCUCGAUCUUGCCGAUAGCGAGAGCCUAGUCCAAUGCGCAGACAAUACUGACACCCUCUCCUCCAAUCUGGGUCUGGGACCUUACAUCGCAGUGUUCAAGACCCAUGUCGACCUGGUCGCCGACUUUGGUGAUGAGCCCAUUCGUGGGCUCAAGGAGUUGCCCGAGAAGCAUAACUUUUUGAUAUUUGAGGACCGCAAGCUCGUGGACAUCGGCAACACGGUCCAGAAACAGUACCACGGCGGCGUCCUACGCCUCUCCGAGUGGGCUGACAUCGUGAACCUCAGCAUCCUGGGUGGGGAUGGAAUCGUCGAAGCGCUGGACCGGGUUAUGACCUCCAAGGGGAGCAUUGCCACCGGUUCUUAUACCCAGAAAUGCUUCGAUAUAGCCCUCAAAUUCCCACGAUCGAUGAUUGGCUUUGUGGCUACGAGGGCGCUUGGCGAAGCCCAGCCAGGCCAGAAUGAAGAUUUCCUCGUUUUCACCACUGGUGUCAACCUAGCAAGCAAAGGCGACAAGUUGGGCCAGCAAUACCAGACACCCACGAGCGCUGUUGAACACGAAGCCGACUUCAUCAUUGCCGGAAGAGGAAUCUACGCUUCUGCAAACCCCGUGGAAGCUGCGAAGCAGUAUCAGGCUGAAGGGUGGGCUGCGUGUCUCAAGAGAACCCAGGUGUGA